CAACGAAAAGAGUCUCCGCCCACGUAGACACGCCUACCGAAGAAAGAGAGAGACGGGGGCGAGUAAAGGCUUCUGGUGUGUAGCGCAUGUUUCAAAUUAGUAAGCAGUGAGCGAUAGUCGUGUCAGGUAUUAAGCGAACAAACCUUGCUCUUUCGUGACUCAAAAGUGAGUGCUCAGUGGUGCACACGAUUUAGCGUGUCCUUUUUCUUUCUGCCAACGCUUUCGACGGUGGAUUCAAAACAAUUUGGCAGAGGAAUUAUACCAAUCGAACUUCCGGGCGAAAAGACUAUUAGCUCCAAAGGCGACUUAAUUGUUCUGGCGUGUUGUUGUUGUUGUUGUUCGGGGGGAAAGUUGGCCAGACCGGAUGAGCCAUCUACCGGAAUGACACAAUGAAAACGUCGAGCUCCUACUAUUUGCCAUGGAUCAGAUCCUUCACCUUUCUUCUGUUAUUGUCGACGACACUCUCAGCAGGGGCUCAAGAUAAUCGAUGCUUCCUGAUUGGUGGAGGAUCGGCCGAGACCUUUUUCGUCAGUGAAAAUGCCACAGUCGGUUCCGUUAUCGGUGUUUUACGGAUUGCGGGCGAUCCGAGUGCCGAUGGCGAUAUCACUAUGCGCCUGGAGGCCAGCAACGAAACGGUCGUCUCCAUUGACACGCACACUAAGAAUCUCACGCUCAUUAAAGCCCUGGACAAAGAGGGUCUGACCGGCCCUGCCCAGGUGAUGACACGAAUUACCUGCGAGCGACGUGGUCCCAACGCCGAACCAAGUUUAACGAUUCCAGUCAACAUCCGGGUGACGGAUGCAAACGAUAAUUCGCCCAUCUUCCGCAAUUCGACCUAUUUCAUCAACAUUUCCGAAUCGACGAUGGUUGGUUCGGUCGUUUUACAAGGAAUUCAAGCGCUGGAUGCCGAUCAGCCUGGACCUUAUUCUACUGUACAAUACUCUAUUCUUCCGGGUCCCUAUUCGGACGUGCUGGCGCUCACUAGCAGCUUGGAGGGCACCCUGGUAUUAAAGAAAGCUGUCGAUUACGAGACGCUGAAACAUUUCAAAAUCGCAAUCAGAGCGCAGGACCAGGGACAACCUCCUUUGUACACGGACGCUGUCGUCAGCAUCGAAGUCAACGAUUCAGACGACCAGAACCCACUGUUUGGCCAGUCACGUUACUGGGCUCAUUUACCCCAGCCGGCCCGAAAGGGAACGGGACUGGAAAUCCGACCGGAACCGAUGCGGGCCGUUGAUCAGGACGCCGGAAUCAAUGCAUCUAUUCGUUAUGCCUGGAACGCAGGAGGAGCCGAGUACCAGGACUUUUUUCUUGACCCAUUAAACGGUUCCGUUUCUCUAAAUCGGAGUUUGGAGGAUAAUGAACUAGUCCAGCCCGUCAUUCUCGUCGUCAAGGCUCACCAAGUUGAUAACCUCGACCGUUACGCUUUAACCACUCUAACCGUUAGCCGGAGUUGGUCGUUUUCACCUCAAUUGCAAUACCUCCAACGACGCUACUCGGUUCAAGUCCUGGAGAACGUUCCAGUCGACACCACCAUUUUGGCUAUGGCCAUCAACAAACCCAUCGAUCAGAGCAUUCGCUUCGUAAUGGAAAGUCAUAAUGGGACGGAACAAGCGUUCAGCGUCGAUAAGACGGGCGAAAUCAAGUUGGAACGCAACUUGGAUUACGAGACGCAAAUGACUCAUCAAUUCGUCGUUUGGGUCACGGAUGGACUAACGAACGAUACGGCCACGGUGGAGGUCACCGUCCUAGAUGUCAACGACUGGGAUCCUCGUUUCGAAUUGGCCGAGUACGAAUUCAUCGUCAAAGAAUCGGCCUUGCCGGUCGGCUCCGUCAUCGGUCGCGUUCAAGUCGAUGAUGGUGACGCAGCUGAUCGUGUGACUCUGCAGUUGAAAGGUCCGGAAUCCAGGGCCUUCAACGUCCACGACAAUGGCGACGUCGUCUUCUCCGAUCCAUCCUCUCUCAAUUCCACCGUCAUCCAUCUGAUGGUGGUGGCCAGGGAUUCCGGAAUCCCUCCGCGACAGGCCUCCGUUCCGCUCAAGAUCAACUUACCUGUGGAUUUCUUGAUGAUGAACGGAAGCGGAAUCACCUUGUCGACUGCGGACGGCAGUGGACUCUUGCUAAUCAUCCUGGGAAUAUUACUGGGAAUCUUGUCUCUCAUCAUUUCCGGCUUGGCCGUCUACCUAUGUCAAUACAAACGGAAGAAGACUCAGCCGAGUCCUUUAACCGUCGUCCAGCCGCAACCGAAAGUCAGUGUCAGUGGACUUUACAGUGGCGACACUUCGACGCCAAUCACGGCGACUCUACGCCGCAUUCCCAUCAACCCGCUGGCCCGCCCGUCUUGUCGCCGCGUGGUGCCCAUUCAGAGUCCGACUCUUGCGCCCGUCCAGAACUCGCCGCCUCCUCCGCCCAUGCCGCCACCCACUCCGCCGCCGAGGCAGCAGACGGCCAGCACGAGUCCUCACAAGAUCUCUUCCGGCGGCAGCGGCAACAACAACGAAGAGUCACCAAUGUCUCAGCAGCAGCAGCACCACCAACACCAUCGAACUUUUCUGAGUAGCAGUCAAUCGACCGUUUGGCCGACCGACGCCUCAUUACCCAGACGGGUCAAGAAACUCAGUUGGGAAGACGAGUUCAACGUCUUCUUCUAAAAGAAAAGAAAAUCAUAAGAUAAUUUUAAAUGAAAAAAAUUCAGAAAUUAAGUCAUUACUACAUAAUUUGACCAAUCACUUUUCUCCAACCCCCCUUUUGUACAGUGAUGUAUAACCAAUUGUGAAAUUUCGUAUUUUUUUCCCUUUCAUAAACAAUCGAUAUUUCAA